AUGUUAAAAGAAGGUGAUUGCUUUGGAGAAUUAGCGUUAUUAUAUAGUGCUCAAAGAUCAGCUUCAUGUAUUGCUUUGGUAAAGAGUUUUUUUUGGAUAAUAGAUCGUAUUACAUUUAAAAAAGCAGUCGAGUUAAUGAUUAAACGCGAAUAUUAAUUAAAUCGAAAAUUUAUUGACAAAAUGCAUUUCUUUUAAAAUCUUACUUCUGGUUAAAAAGAUUCAAUAGCUGGUGCCUUAGUAGAUUAAAGGUUUUACAAAGAAUAAAACAUAGUAAAUUAGAAUGAAUCAGCAAGUUCCUUUUACAUAAUAAAGGAAGGCGCAGUAAGUGUAAUAUCAGAAAAUAAAUAAAUACGAAUUUUAAAAGCUGGCCAAUCUUUUGGAGAAACGGCUCUUUUAUAAGGAGUUUAAGUACGAACUAUGACCGUAAAAGCAAUAGAAAAUACUACAUGCUUAGCUUUAGGAAGAGAUGUUUUGACUUAAUUAUUAGGGGAUAAAGUCGAAGUUAUUAUUUAUAGAAAUAUUGCAAAAUGGACUUUGGAAAAAGGAAAGGGUUUUAAAGAUUUGAAUAAUGAUUAGUUAGAUAAAAUAUUAGAUAUUAUGAUUAUUUAGAGAAGGUAUAAAAACGAUAUAAUUUUUUUCAAAAAUUCGAAAGUUUCGGAAAAUUUUUGUGUGGUUUUGAAAGGAAGCCUUAAGCUUACUGAUGAUAUCAUUUUUAAAAAAGGAUAAAUAGUUGGUGGAGACGAAAAUAUAAUAUAAACAUGUUCAUCUUCUAUAUAUGAAAGUGAUUUGAUUUGCGAAGAAAACUCGAUUGUGGCUUUGAUAUCUAAUCAGCUUUUAAUUUAAAAUAUAGGAGGUACUUUAUCUGAAAUAAUAGCUAAAAAUUAUUAAAUAAAUACCUAAAUAUAAUUAAAGGAAAACUAAAUAUAACAAAAUAUAAACUUUAUAUAAUUAUAGGAUCUUUGUGUAUUAUAAAAGUUAGGAACUGGUUAGUUUGGGAAUGUUUAUUUAGUAAAAAAUAAAAAUAAUAACUAAUUAUAUGCAUUAAAAUGUAUAAGUAAACAUACUGUGGUUUCAAUAAAUUUAGAAUCUCAUAUAAUAGAGGAGAAAAAAGUUAUGUAAAUAGUAAAUAAUAAUUUCAUAAUGAGAUAUUUUAAAUGCUUUAAAGAUGAAUUCAAUGUUUAUUUUUUGCUAGAAUUUAUUUAAGGCCAAGAGCUAUUUAAUGUUAUUAGAGAUAUAGGACUUUUGAGUAGUUGGGAUUCUUAAUUUUAUGUCGGUUCUUUGAUUCUAGUAGUUGAAUAUUUACAUUCUUCGAAUGUUAUUUAUAGAGAUAUUAAGCCUGAGAAUAUCAUGGUUAAUUAGAAAGGAUAUGUAAAACUAAUUGAUAUGGGAACGGCUAAAAUAUUGAAAUAAAAUAAAGGAAAUAUUACAAGAACUUUUACUAUUAUUGGCACUCCACAUUAUAUGGCUCCUGAAAUUAUAUCGGGAAAGGGUUAUAAUUAUUUAGUAGAUUUGUGGUCUAUAGGCAUAUUUUUUUUAUUUUUAUUUUUUUUUUAUUUUAUUUUUUUAUAGGAGUUUGUCUUUAUGAGUUUAUGUGUGGGUGUUUACCUUUUGGUGAAGAAGCGGAAGAUCCUUAUGAAAUUUAUGAAGAAAUUAUCAAGAAAAAAUUGGUUUUUAAUAAAUUGA